CACCCUGAGGCGAGAGGCGCGCGCGCCUGCGCAUAAAGACGCUCUUGUAAGCUGGGCCACGCGAGCACAGUCACAGCGCCCCAGAGAGGCAGUGAGAGCAGGGGUGUCCGUCACCCCCCCUUCGGGUCCGUAAACGUAUUGUGUCUUGGUGCGCGAGGAACGGGACCCCACAUCGACGCGAGGCUCUGCGGUUUCUUCUUCUCCGUUAAUUGGGACACAUCAGCAGUGGGUGGUGCGCUGCUGAAGCAAGUCAUCUUCUCUUAUUUUUUUAUUUAUUUUUUUUUAUAUCUGGGACUCCGCGACGAGAGGGCAGCGAGGGAGUGUGUGCCUUCCUAAACUCCGUGGCCGCCAAGACGACCGCCCCCCCGUCGGCCCUGGAUUAACCUCGGGAGGCAUUAGACAAGGGGAACCAUGUACCUGUGGCCGGCGCUCUUCUUAUCGGCCCUGGGUGCCGGCUGGCUAUCACCGGCAGCCGCGGCCGAGGGAGGGCACCACCGCACCCGCCGAGAAGUGCAGCCGAGGACUGACCUGAAGAUCGUCUGCUACUACUCAAACUGGGCCGUGUACCGACCCUCGCUGGCCAAGUUCACGCCGCAGAACAUCAACCCGUACCUGUGCACGCACAUCAUCUACGCGUUCGCCGGCUUCAACAAGCGUUACGAGCUGAAGCCCUACGACCCGUACAAUGACAUCGAGCAAGGCAACUACAAGAAGUUCGUGGGACUGAAGCAGUACAACCCUGGUCUCAAGACAAUGGUCGCCGUGGGCGGAUGGAACGAGGGCUCUAAAAGGUUCUCGCACAUGGUGUCCGAACGGAGCCAGCGGCAAAAGUUCGCUCGCAGCGCCAUCAAGUUCUGCCGAGAGCACGGCUUCGAUGGCCUGGACAUGGACUGGGAGUACCCGGCAUUCCGCGAGGGAGGCAAGCCCGAGGACAAGCAAGGAUACGCGCAGCUCAUCCGGGAACUACGAGAGGCCUUCGAGGCCGAGGCCGUGCCCAGGGGCAAGGACCGCCUGCUACUAUCGGUCGCCAUGCCCGCCGGCAAGGAGUACAUCGACAACGGUUUCGACGUGCGAGUCAUCUCCAAGGCGGCCGACUUCCUCAACCUGCUCACGUACGACUACCACACGGCGUACGAGUCGGCCACGCAGCACCACGCUCCGCUGGGCGCACCCGACGGCCUGCGCGACUGGGACGACGAGAGCCGACUCAACGUACGCUGGACGGUCGACUACUACCUGAAAGCCGGCGCGCCCCAAAACAAACUGGUCGUCGGAGUGCCCACCUACGGCCGCUCCUACACGCUAGAGGACCCCGACGAGAACGAGCUCGACUCGCCGUCGCAGGGACCCGGCGAGCCCGGCAACUCGACACGCGAGAAGGGCUACCUCGCCUACUUCGAGAUCUGUCAGAACGUGAACGAACUGGACUGGGAGCUGCAGAGGCCCGAGCCCCGGCGCAUGGGUCCGUACGCCUUCAAGGACGACCAGUGGGUCGGCUUCGACGACGAGCAGAUGGUGCGCGAGAAGGCGCGCUACAUCCUCUCCAAGGGCCUGGCCGGCGCCAUGGUCUGGACGCUGGACAACGACGACUUCCGCGGCCACUGCGGCGGCGAGCAGAGCCCGCUCAUCACGGCGCUCCGCAAGGAGCUCCUCGAAGGCACCACCACCUCGGGCUCCUUCGAGGACGAGGACGAAGAAGAUGAAGAGGAAGAAUUCGCAGCCAGCAGCAACGCCCGCUCGACGACCGCGACGCCCAGGGCCGCCCAGCGACAACAGCAGGAGAUCGGGCGCCGCGUGGCCAAGUCCUCGCUGUCGCCGGGACGCCGAGGAAGCUCAGGCACGCGGAAGAACUUGGCCCUGUCGGUGACCACGCCAUCGCCGCCGCCGACCCCGGACCCGGGACCGGCGUUCGAAUGCGAGGACGAAGGGUUCUUCAACAACCCGCGCGACUGCCGAAAGUACUUCUGGUGCCUGGACUCCGGGCCGGCCAACCUGGGCACGGUGGCGCACGCGUUCACCUGCCCGUCGGGACUGUACUUCAACUCGAAGUCCGAGGCGUGCGACUACAAGGAGAACGUCGUCUGCAAGGUCCAGACACCAACCGAGGCUCCGUCCACCACGACGCGCAAGCCGCGGCGGUCCAAGGCUCGCUCCACCACCACUACCACCACCACGACGACAACCACGACCCGAAGGCCAACCACGACGACGACCACCACAACCACGACCACACCUCGGCCCCCGACCACGACCACAAAGGCUCCCGACCAGAACGUCGCCGAACUGCUCAAACUCCUGCAGAGCAUCGGCGGCGUUGAGAAGCUGCAGACCAUCCUAACUUCAGCCGAGAACCCGCCAGGACCCGGCGUCGGCACGGCUUCCCGUCGACUGCCGCCUCAGGUGUUCGCACCCACCGAAACGCCGUUCCGGCCCGUGUACAACGACAGCAGUGCCGCGGUGCAGGGUCACGUCAUCCGGAGACCCCCGCUGUUCCAGGAACCACAGCUGUUCCAGUACGUCGAGCCGGCUCGCCCGCCGCCGACGCAGUUCGCUCCACCGCCGCCGACUCCGUACGCUGCACAUCCGACCCCGACGCCCCGAGAAGAGACCAACGUGUUCGUGGGACCCAUACACGGAACGCUGCCUCCGCGAAUGCCCUUCCAGUUCGUGUACCAGGCGCCCGAGAGAGGACAGCCGCAACAGCAACUGCAGCUGCAGCCGCCGUUGCAGCAGCAGCAGCUGCAGCAGCAGCAGCAACAGCAGCAACAGCAACAGGUCUUCCAAGGCUACCAGCAGGGAGCGCCCGUCGGUCCCCCUCUGGCACCAGCGCCUGUAAAUGCUCCGCUGAACAUUCCCGCGCAGCCACCCGCGUUCUCGCCCCCGACGGUGCCGCCCUCGGUGUACCCGACGCAGCCGUCGACGUCCUCAUUCACGGACUCGGCCGUGACGCCGAUAGACUUCCCGCCGGACUUCCAGACGGACGCCGAGGUCGUGGUGCCGCUCAGCUUCAAGAAGGGAACCAAGGUGCGCAUCAACAAGGUGGUCAGAGUCAACGGCAAGCCCACGGGAGACCAGCCGGCUCCCGGCGGAGGUCGUCGUGGAAAGAGAAUCCGCGUGCGACCGGGCGACAGGCUCACGGUGCGCCGUAGGCCCGUCCAGCAGACCCUGCCGCCGACCACUACCACGACCACGACGACGACGACGCGGAGGCCGACAACGCCGGCGCCGCCGCAGUACGAGGACGUCGAGUACGAGUACGAGUACGAAGAUGAGGAGCCGUCGACGACUUCGACGACGACCACCACCACGACGACAACGACGCGUCGACCCAGCCGGAGAGCCGGACGCCGCGGAGGCAGCAGGCGUCCUGCAGCAGCUGCUGCCGGGGGCGGUCACCGACGGCCCGUCGUGGCGGCGGCUCCGUUGCCCACCAUACCCCCGGACCCGUUCGCGCCGCCGAUCAUCCUGAUUGACGAGAAUACCGUAGACUGUCACAAGCGCGGUGUGUUCCCACACCCGGAGGACUGCGGCAAGUUCGUCGUGUGCGCGCCCAACUCGAAGGCGUCCACGGGUCUGCGCGGCUAUGUCCACAACUGUCCCGCCGAGAGCUUCUACAAGAAAACAGUGGGCCGAUGCAUGAAGGGCGACCGGGAAUCGUGCAACAAGUGAGGACGUCGCGGGUUGUCGCGCUCCCCCGCCAUAGAACGUGUUCCAAACUUUGCCAAGAUCAACGUCGCAACCAAGACACAAGAGGAGCCCUCCCUCCACACCUAACAAACAUAGACAUGCGCAUCGAAUCUGCAGCAUCUUCGGAGGGCUGCUGGUGCACGGCACUUCCGUCUAGCUUUUGGAGCAGCUCAAUAUGCUGUUGGGCGCAGGUACCCGGACGAAAGGGCGCACAAGAAGAAGGCAGUUACAUACAGUGGUGCAUGGACACAAUUUCGCGUAGUUUGUGUCGAUGGGCCACCCUCAUUUCAACGUCUGUGCCAGCGACCAGGAGCACCAGAUGACAGUUGGGCCAAGAAGAAGCUUCUACGAACUUGACCAUGCGCCAUAGCAAAUGUUAGGCAAAGAGGCACAUGCAACAUUCAGAUAUGCAUCCGAGAACAGUCCUGCUCAUUCUUGUUUUGUUUUUGUUUUUAUGCAUACAUGCUUCACAGCAAAAUGUACACUGCAGCAAGGUAUGCGGGGUUGUGGUGGGGUACGUCCAAUAGUGCCAUGGCUUUAACGUUAUUUGGCUCAACCACAAGGUUGUGGCACACAGCAAGAAUGCAGUCUAUGCACGAAAGCACCUGGUGCAAGAGUAACUUCCAACCCUGUGUUCCCGGCAUCUGCUUUUGAUCCAGCAGCUACAGAGCUAAAAAAAAGAAAUUGUGCCACCUAACCCACCAGCAAUGAAGACAAGUCAAGACAUUACCUUGGAUGCUGCCGAACUCCACCCCAUUUUUUUUAUUUCUGCCAUGUUUCUUUCUCGAGCCGGUCAGGAACGGCACAGCCCUGAAGUUUCCUAGAAAACACUAUCAGGUGUGAUUACCUUGUUAGCGACAGAGUUAGCCAAUCCUUCCGGCAUCCAAGAUGAGGAAUUUGGCAAUGUGGCGGAAUUGGAUGAUUUUCAGGGGAGCUAUCCUGGAUGCCAUCAAAUUCCACCGUGUUGCAGAAUUUACCAAUUUGUCUGCUCUCAUUGGGUACGCCCUCCCUGAUUGGCUCAAAACAUCAGCAUGGCGGAAUUUGACAGCACGGCAGAGUUUGACAUUGUCCAAAACAGCACCCCAACUCAUUAGAGACAGCCAUAGAAGACGAAGACGCAGCCAAUCCAGUGACGUCAGCAGUGGUGUCAGCAGCUCCCUGUGAAUCUCGCUGUGUGGUGUGCAGGGAUGUUCGACGUUUGCCCUCGUGUGCACAGAACUGACGUCCCUGUGAGGUGACGGGCUCAAGAGACGCUAUAGUACAAAAGGCGCUUCCCUGAAACCUGGAAGUCGUGGCUGUGGCUUCAAAUGUGCUAAUGACGCUGUCUUGUCAUAGAAAGAAAUAAAACGAGAAACAUGGUAUGCUGCGUGUUGGUGCAUU